CGCCACACCAUUCAUUUUCCUAAAUUUUUCUUUGAUUCCCAGCGAAUUUCGGAAAAAUGAAAAUUUUAAAUGAAAAUAACGUCCAAAGAUAAAGCUGCGAUAUGCAGGAGGCAUAAUACACAACCACACAACAAAGUGCAAUUAAAGAAUAUAGUUUUAUACAGCAGGAGCAGAGAAUUACAGCCAGUGCGAGUCGCACACAGUAUUACUCAUUAAUUCACAUUCUGUGCCUGUCUAGUUGAUCAAUUAACGCCGGAAGAUGAACUUCACGUACUUGUUCGUGCUCAUUUGGCUGGCCUUCCUCAUUAGCAGCGGAGUGCUGCUAUUCUCGCGGGGCUUUCUGCUGGCCCGGGUCUCCAAGACAGAAACGAGCACCUGCCGCCGUUUGUCCACGAAUCCUAAUGAUGAAUAUGUCCUAUCACCCGAGGUUGUGAACGAGAUCUUCAAGGAUGUCAACGCCUCCGCUAAUCUGUGUCUUCCGCAAAAGUCGAGGGUCAUUAUCCUGGUUGUGGAUGCCCUCAAGUACGAGUUUGGCGUGUACCGGGACAAUGUUAGUGAACCACUUCCGUACGAAAACAAACUGGGCUUCUUGAAUGAGCUGCUGGAGCGGAAUCCGGAUCAUGCCAGGCUAAUGAGAUUCAAGGCGGAUCCUCCCACCACCACUAUGCAGCGCCUCAAAGGACUCACCACCGGUAGCCUACCCACCUUUAUAGACAUCGGAUCCAACUUUGCCUCGCCUGAGAUCAAUGAGGACAACGUCAUUGAUCAGAUAGCGAGUAGCAAGCUGCCGAUGGUCUUUCUGGGCGACAGCACCUGGACGGAUUUGUAUCCGCGUCGCUUUAAACGUGCCUACUCGUACCCUAGUUUUGAUAUCUUCGAUCUGGACAGCGUGGACAAACAGAUUUUGAAGCAUUUACCGAAAGAGCUGUCCAGCAAUGACUGGGAAGUGCUGGUGGCCCACUUUCUGGGAGUGGAUCACUGCGGCCACAAGCAUGGACCCAUGCAUGAGGAAAUGGCGCGAAAACUCACCGAAAUGAAUGAUGUGAUCAGGUCCGUGGUGGAGGCCAUGGACAAUGAUACCACUCUGCUGGUAAUGGGUGACCAUGGAAUGACUGCGUCAGGAGAUCAUGGCGGUGAUACCGAAGACGAAACUAAUGCCCUGCUGUUUGCCUACUCCAAACAGCACAGGUUCUUUGGCAACGAUUCCGGUUCUGAUACCGAAAUGCUGCAGCAGAUUGAUCUGGUGCCCACACUGGCGACCAUCCUCGGCGUUCCGAUACCCUACUCCAACCUGGGUCUAAUCAACUUCAACAUCGUGCCAGAAAUUCCGGUUCCGUACUUGAAUAAGUUCCAGACUCUGCUGCUGCACUCCUGGCAGAAUGCCCAGCAGAUCUACCGGUACUUCUUCCAGUAUGCAUUCGAAAACAAGCGCACCUUCAACGUGGAGGAGAUGGAUCGCCUGGAAACAGAGUAUAUACUCCUCUCCCACCGAGUGCAGACCAUUUACAAUGAGGCUGCUUUUAAGAACUUUGUCAGGGACUUGAAUAUUAAUCUGCGGGAUAUUCUAAAGACGUGCCGGGAGAUUUGGGUGAGGUUCGAUCCCACCCUGAUGUCCCAUGGCUUGCUCUUCAGCUUCCUGCCUCUGUUCUUCAUAUUCCUGCUGGUGAACAACUCGCGUCCGGUGGACUAUGAGAAGAUCUUCAAAGCCAAGGAGACGUUCUACGCGUACUUGAUCAACCUGGCCGCCGGAGUGUUCGGCUAUCGGUACUACAAGAACUUUUCCUUCAAGACCGAGGAGCAUGGCGUUAUAUUCUUCACGGCUUUGACAAGUGCGGCGGUGUUGUCUUUCCAUGUUUUGCGCCACUGGACCAACAUUGCCAGCAACUGGGCAGCAGUCCGGAGGUUCGCCCACAUGCCCACUAGGCUGCUCCUUUUCGCCGCCAUGGCUGUCUUUUUCUCAAACAGCUUUGUGAUCCAGGAGGCAAAAAUCCUGUCGUAUCUCCUGGCUGGAACUAUCCUACUGCUUUCGCACGAGCUCCUGCGCUUGAGUGCCCGGCUUGACUUCAGGACCAAGUUCAAAGCCUCCCAGUUUCUGCGCUCCACUGCCUUGAGGCUGAUCCUGGCCAGCUUCUUGGCCAUUUGCCUAAUACGCUUCGCCUACACCCUCUUCCGUUGCCGCGAGGAGCAGGGCAACUGCUCAGACUUUACCAACAGCGGUGGAGCAGGAUUCUCCCUGAAGAAGCCUGGCUCAGGCAAAACCUACAUCUUGGCCGUGGUUGUGAUUGUGGUUUACACCACUCUGACCCGAUUGUAUCUGCGCUCCUGCGGAAAUCUUACUGGAAACUCUGCAAACGUGCUGUUGGCUCGAUACGGACCCACGGUGGCGUCCAUUUGUGCUGGUGGACAUGUCCUGCUCGCCAACAGCUCCAUUAAGAACAUUCAGAGAUCCCACAUUGAUGCCCUGGCACUUGUUAUCUAUGCUCUGCUCCUGCUCCAAAUCAUUGUGGUGUCCUGGGCUCCGCUCAUGAUCUUCGUUCUGCCACCGAGGAACGCCAAUACCGUUAUCGUCAACGGAAGCGAGAGCAUUGUGCCGGAGAUUUUCAGGAAGAUGAAGCGCAUGUACGAGGGCAACGAUGGAGAACGAAGGGAUGCCAUACCCGUGGUCUACGGCCUGGCCACCGUAUACUCUUCGAUCGUAAUCACUUUCGGUGUGUUCCUGGCUCUGGUCAUGAUUGUGCUCCUGGAGCCGCGAGCUUCCAUUGGAUUGGUAGUGUGCAUAGCAGUGGCAGCCAUCCUGCUGAGUAUUCAUGGUAUUCUGCGAUACAGGACGGCUAAUAGCUUUGAAUCCUGCGUGCAGCCCACAUUCACGGCCCUGGUGGGCUGGUUCCUGCUCGCCCACUUCUGCUUCUUCGCCACCUCGCACCAGACCACCUUGUCGCAGAUCGAGUGGCGGGCCGCCUUUGUGGGUCGCACCACUGGCAUUGGACAGUCCAACUUCAUAUCCGGCAUAUUGGUGAUCCUGAACACGUUUUGCGGACCGAUUUUCUUCUUCUCCAUGUACUCCCUGCUCAGUACGGAAACGUACUCGCUGUUUGCCUUGUUCCCCAACCUGAUCCGAAGCUGCAGGAGCAGCAGUGCUGGCGGAAAGGUAGACGCCACCACAUCCAUGACAGACCUGGCCAACGAGGCGGUUGGCUUCGAUAUGACGCGAGGCGAGCUGACCCUUUACGAGUACGAGGACAUCUUUCUAGGAACGGGUUUCAAGCUGGCCACUCAGUUCUUUAUGCUCCAAGGACUCAAGGUAUUUUGUGCCAUGAUGGCCUGCACGAUCCACUGCCGCCACUUGAUGGUCUGGAAAAUCUUUGCCCCGCGCUUCAUCUACGAGGCCCUGACCACGUUCGUCAGCCUGCCAUCCCUGAUCCUGGGCUACCUCCUGCUGCUGCGUAUCCACCGUGCAGUGGACACCCUCAUAAAGCGCAUCAACAAGACCAAGGUCCUCUAGUCUCAGCCCAAAAGCAACUAUUUAUUUAGGCCUUAAUAAAGAAUUUAAACACAA